CUCCAUGAUGGCAAUACAAUGGCUGAAACCAAUCGCUUGGUCAUUGCUAUGAAACAGAACAGUACUUCAGUAAUCACGAGCACUAUCCUGGCCUUACUACACAAGGUGUUCAACUGUCGUCUCAUAGAUCAGGACCUGGCACUGGGAUAUUGCACGGUUUUGCCCAAGGAAGAUAUGUUCAAUAAGCUGUGGGAGGUCAUAAACAAUACAUGGCAAAAUUACAGAAAAAUCCUGGCAGUGGCUCUGGUUGGGGCACAGCUUGCUAACCAGUCUGAUGAAGCUGAAGAAAAGAAGAAGUUCCAAGAACUGGUUACUGAUGCAGAGUGGGGUAUCCAACUUGGUAAACUUGGCAUUUCUUUUGAGACUGUAUUUAGACAACCACCAAUAAGGAAGAAGGAGCUCAUAAGAACACUGGUACAAAAUCCUAAAGCAGACACAGAUCUCAUAUUGAAUUACUGCAGUACUUUCAAGCUGGACAGUGAUGCCGCACUGCAGCUUUGCAUUGAGACGCUUCUUCUCCAGAAUGCUAAUACAAAUCAUGUCAAAGAUGACUCUGCAGAAUGCAGGGAGAAGCAAUCUCAUUCCACCUUACUAGCUAGAGCACUGGAAAUAAUUCCUCUGCUGAAAAGCACAGAAGAACUGGUCAUCAGCCUCAGUGGAAUAUUGUACAAGCUUGAUCCUUAUGACUAUGAAACUAUUGAAAUUGUCCUGAAAGUGAUACAAAAUGCUGAUGAAAAGAACACCAGCAUCCAGCUGAAUCAGGCUUUGAGCCUCCUCAAACAUCUGGAAUCUUAUAAAAGAAUUUCCUCACCUGUAGACCUGGAACACCAAUAUGUUUUAGAGCACAUGAUUCCUUUAUCUCCAGCUGCUCAAACCAGACUGCCUUUUCAUCUGAUAUUCUUUAGAACUGCACAAUGCUUCUGGAACAUUAUAUCUGCAGAGCUCAGUGAGGAAUCCUUCCCAACACUUCUCCUGAUUUCCAAACUAAUGAAGGUUUCACUGGACACCUUACACAUGUCUGCAGCUCGACAUAUCUUUGAAAAGAAACUGAAACCAAAAAUAUUUGAAAUGAGAAACACUGGAUAUACAUCCAUUGUUAGCAAGGAAACAACUAAAACCGUGCAGACCAUCCAGUCAUAUCUGCUGUCUAUAAUUAACCCAGAGUGGGCUGUAGCUAUUGCUCACAAGAUUGCACAAGAAUUUCCAACAGGUCCUGACCAUAUUCAAGCAUUGAAAUUCUGUCUCCGUCUAACUGAGAAAUGGCUAAAGAACACUACAGCUAAGGAUGACUCUCUUGAAAAAGUGGAAGUCCUGCAGAAGAAAUUACACAUGCAGUAUAAGCGAUCAGCAACAGAAAACAUUCUAAUAACACAUCACCUGAACACUGGAGAGCAUUUAAAGUCUGUUGGGAAGCCAGCAAACCUUGUCACUUUACUGUAUGAACACCACAGUAUAGACCAAAGAAUCCAAAACCCAGCUGGCAGAGGUUAUCCAGAUAUCCACAUGGCAGCUCAGGAGAUAGCUGAAAUUAAUGAUUUGGACAUGAACAAAAUAUGGGAUAAACUGCUGGAUAAAUGGUUGUGUCCAAGCAUACUGCCCUCGGAAAAAACUCAAGAAAUCUUCAGAGAUGCACAGGAAGAUGCAGAACUCCGAAGAGUUAUCUAUCUACUUCAGUCUCGCCCAAUGGAUUACAGUUCAAGACUGCUUUUUGCAAUUACAACAUCUGCCACAUCUCCAAUUGGUGUCACUCAGCUGACGUUUGCUCACAGGAGUAGAGCACUUAAGUGUCUGCUCUACUUGGCGGAUACCAGCACUGUGGAAUCACUCUUCAAGAAAACCAUUGAGAAAGUAAAGUAUUUUCUAAAAUGCUGCAUUUACCUGGCAGAGUUUGAAAUCUUGAAUAUUCCAUAUACUUACGAAUCGUUUCAUAAGAGUCCUAAGGAAGGAAUGAUCAAAGGGCUAUGGAAGAAUCACAGCCAUGAACCCACGGCUGUCAGACUGGUGGCAGAACUUAGUCUAGAAUACAAAGUAUAUGAUACCCAGCUGUGGAAUGGCCUACUACAGAAACUCCAGAGUUUCAAUAUGAUUCAAUAUUUAAGAAGAGUUUUGAUAGCAAUUACUGGGAUUUAUUCAUUAUGGGAGAUUCCCAACUUCAGCCGAGCGUGGCGAAGCGUGGUUCUGUCACCGUUUCUCACAGCUUCAUGUCCACCGAGUCCUAAACAGUUAGAGGAAUGUUGCGAGUGUUUUGUGAUUCUGCUCAAGUGUCCUGUUCUGGCUGACUUGGAUGUCAUCGGAAUAGCUAAGCAAUAUGCACAGUUGGACCUUCCUGCCUUUGCUUUGGGGUGCCUGUUGCUGAUCCCUCAGUCUGAGAAGCGAGAACAGCAAAUCCAGGGCUUCUUAUCGACAUGUAACACAGAAACUGUGCUGCAACAAAUAGAUGAGCACAUGAACACUGGAGAAGUAGUAGCGUUUGCUUCUCAGAUCAGAUCUUUGGUUUUGGACAGUAUCAUAAAUGAGAAGCUGUAUGAAAAAUUCUUGAAAACUAAGUAUUUUCCACUGUUGAAGCAACAACUGAUGAGUACUCACAGACUAAAAGAACUGGUGGAUUAUUUUGUCAAAAAGAACUGCAUUGAUGAUGCUACAGCCCUAAUUCGAGAGUAUCAAGAGAAAUGUGGAAACCCCACUCUGCCAGAGGUACCAUCAUCUGACCUUCUGAAGAUGUAUGUGAAUGGACCAGAGACCUCUAUACUGAACUGUCAUCGGUAA